GGCCCCGAUGGACCCCCAGGGAAGCCGGGCAUCGACGGCCUGACAGGAGCAAAAGGGGAGCCAGGACCCAUCGGAGCACCAGGAAUUAAAGGCCAGCCUGGACUUCCAGGGCCUCCAGGGCUCCCUGGCCCUUCUCUGCCAGGACCACCCGGGCUUCCAGGCCAAGUGGGGCUUCCUGGAGAGAUCGGGGUGCUGGGACCCAAGGGUGACCCUGGACCCGACGGCCCCCGGGGCCCCCCAGGCCCUCCAGGGAAACCCGGCCUCCCAGGACACAUCCAAGGACUGGAGGAAGGCAGCGCUGAUAUCCUGUGCCCGACCAGCUGCCCCCCAGGUCCCAAGGGCCCCCAGGGACUGCAGGGACUGAAGGGACACAGAGGCCGCCCCGGUGCCCUCGGGGAGCCCGGCAGGCAGGGGGGGCAGGGCCCCAAGGGCGACGUUGGUGCCUCUGGAGAACAAGGAGUCCCCGGCCCGCCGGGACCUCAGGGCCCCAGGGGGUACCCCGGGAUGGCAGGACCCAAGGGCGAGACGGGCCCUGCUGGGUACAAGGGCAUGGUGGGGUCUGUUGGAGCAGCUGGGCGGCCGGGCAGGGAAGGGCCUAAGGGACCACCUGGGGACCCCGGUGAGAAGGGAGAGCUGGGUGGCCGUGGCAUCAGGGGACCCCAGGGAGACAUCGGCCCCAAGGGGGAGAAUGGUCUGCCGGGCAUCGAUGGCAAGGAUGGCACCCCGGGUAUCCCGGGGGUGAAGGGCAGUGUGGGACAGGCCGGACGCCCGGGAACGCCGGGACACCGGGGACAAGCUGGCUUGCCAGGUCAGCCGGGAAGCAAAGGUGGCCCGGGAGACAAGGGUGAAGUGGGUGCCCGUGGCCAGCCCGGUGUCACCGGUGCCCCAGGGCAGCUUGGGGAGCCCGGCCCUCGGGGCGAGCAGGGCCCAGAGGGUGUCCCUGGGCUGAAGGGCGACCGGGGCGAGCGUGGCCUCGUGGGGCCCCCGGGGGAGCAGGGCAGAGUGAUAGAUGAUUAA